CUCUCAUUUAAAAACGAAAACAAUGCGUGGCUUUCGUGCUUCACCUUCUUCUACUCAUUAGUCAUUAUCUGCAACGCCAUUUGCAUGCUAAACCAAUACAAACCUCAUCUUGCUCCCUAUCUCUCUGUCUUCUUCAAUGGCUCUACCUGUUAACCUCGUACUCUCGUACUUCCUCGUCCUCCACACACUCUCUGCCAUUGCAGACCAAACCUCCGACAACCUUUCCCUCCUUUCAUUCAAACAGGCUCUCCAAAACCCUCACGUCCUCACCGUCUGGCACCCCGCCACCCCGCACUGCCACUGGCUCGGCGUCACCUGCCAACUCGGCCGAGUCACCUCGCUCUCUCUUCCCUCUCGCAACCUCAGAGGAACACUCUCUCCCUCACUCUUCUCUCUUUCCUCGCUCUCUCUCCUCAACCUCCGCGACAACCACCUCUCCGGCGAGAUCCCCGCCGAGCUCGGGGGGUUGCUUCAGCUCCACACUCUCCGACUCGGCUCCAACUCGCUCGCCGGAAAAAUCCCGCCGGUGGUUGGUCACCUCACGAGCCUCCAAACUCUCGACCUCUCCGGGAACUCGCUCGCCGGAGAAGUGCCGGAGAGCGUCGGGAACUUGACCCGGCUUGAGUUUCUCGACCUGAGCAACAAUCUUUUAUCCGGUGCUCUUCCGGUGAGUCUGUUCGUCGGAGCAAAGUCUUUGAUUUCCAUUGAUAUCUCGAACAACUCGUUUUCCGGCGCGCUGCCGCCGGAAAUCGGGAAUUGGCGGAACCUCAGUGCCCUUUACGUGGGGAUUAACAAGCUGUCUGGGACAUUGCCGAGGGAAAUUGGGUUGCUUUCAAAACUUGAAAUUUUGUACUCCCCUUCCUGUUCCAUCGAGGGUCCUUUGCCUGAGGAAAUGGCGAAGCUGAAAUCGUUGACCAAGCUUGACCUUUCUUACAACCCCUUGAGGUGUUCGAUUCCGAGGUUCAUCGGGGAGUUGGAGAGUUUGGAAAUUUUGGACCUUGUGUUUUCCCAGCUUAAUGGGUCAGUGCCAGCUGAGCUUGGGAAUUGUAAGAAUCUGAGGUCUGUCAUGCUUUCUUUCAAUUCACUUUCUGGGUCACUGCCUGAGGAACUUUCUGAGCUUCCUAUGUUAACCUUUUCUGCUGAGAAGAAUCAGCUUCACGGGCCUUUGCCUUCUUGGCUAGGAAAGUGGGCCAAUGUUGAUUCUCUCUUGCUUUCUGCUAACCGUUUAUCUGGGGUGAUUCCUCCUGAGCUUGGGAACUGUUCUGUGAUGGAGCACCUCAGUUUGAGCAGCAAUUUGCUGACAGGUCCCAUUCCUUGGGAGCUUUGUAAUGCUGCCUCACUUUUGGAGGUUGAUCUUGAUGACAACUUCCUCUCUGGUACUAUCGACAAUGUUUUUGUUAAGUGUAAGAACCUUACUCAGUUGGUUUUGAUGAAUAAUCAAAUUGUUGGUUCUAUACCUGAGUACCUUUCUGAGCUUCCCUUGAUGGUGCUGGACCUUGAUUCUAACAAUUUUAGUGGGAAAAUACCUUCUGGUCUGUGGAAUUCUUCAACUCUGAUGGAAUUCUCUGCUGCUAAUAACCGUUUGGAGGGUUCUCUUCCUAUGGAGAUUGGGAAUGCGGUUAUGCUGGAGAGACUUGUUCUUAGCAAUAAUCGCCUGACAGGUGCUAUUCCUAAGGAAAUUGGAAGUCUCUUAAGCCUUUCAGUUCUUAAUUUGAAUGGGAAUAUGCUUGAAGGGAAUAUUCCAACUGAGCUUGGUGAUUGCACUUCCCUUACUACGCUGGACCUUGGAAACAAUCAGCUGAAUGGGUCUAUUCCUGAGAAACUGGUGGAACUGAGCCAGCUGCAGUGCCUAGUUCUUUCUCACAAUAAUCUGUCUGGGGCUGUUCCUGCCAAGAAAUCGUCGUAUUUUCGACAACUUAGCAUCCCUGACUUGAGCUUUGUUCAGCACCUUGGUGUGUUUGAUCUUUCAUAUAAUAGAUUGUCUGGCCCCAUACCUGAUGAACUUGGGAACUGUGUAGUGGUUGUGGAUCUCUUAGUCAGCAACAACAUGCUUUCUGGGAGCAUUCCCAAAUCACUCUCACGCUUGACGAAUCUUACAACUUUGGAUUUAUCUGGCAACUUGUUGUCGGGUUCCAUUCCACCAGAGCUUGGAGGUGCCCUCAAACUCCAGGGUUUGUAUCUGGGACAGAAUCAGCUAUCAGGUGCCAUCCCUGAAAGCUUCGGCAAGUUGAGUAGUUUGGUGAAGCUGAAUUUGACAGGAAAUAAGCUUUCUGGACCAAUUCCGGUUAGUUUUGGGAACAUGAAGGGGUUGACUCACUUGGACUUGAGCUGUAAUGAGCUCAGUGGCGAGCUUCCAUCCUCUCUUUCAGGAGUGCAAAGCCUUGUUGGGCUUUACGUGCAGAAUAAUAAGCUUUCUGGCCAAGUGGGGGACCUCUUCUCAAACCCCAUGACAUGGAGGAUUGAGACAGUGAAUUUAAGUGUUAAUUUCUUCAAUGGGAACUUGCCGCCAUCUUUGGGAAAUCUUUCUUACUUGACAAAUUUGGAUCUUCAUCGAAAUAUGUUGACAGGAGAGAUUCCUUUAGACCUCGGGGAUCUAAUGCAACUGGAGUAUUUUGAUGUUUCAGGUAAUCAGCUAUCUGGAAGGAUUCCAGACAAGUUAUGCAGCCUAGUUAAUCUGAAAUACCUAGAUUUUUCUCAAAACAGGUUGGAAGGGCCCAUACCAAAAAAUGGUAUUUGCCAGAACCUAUCCAGAGUUAGACUUGUGGGGAACAAAAACCUUUGUGGCCAGAUGUUGGGUAUAAAUUGUCAGGCUAGUGGCAUUGGCAGAUCAGCAUUGGAUAAUGCAUGGAGGCUAGCUGGAAUUGCCGUUGCACUCACAUUACUAACUCUAAGCAUUGCUUUUGUUCUACAUAGAUGGAUUACCAAGAGGCAAAGUGAUCCUGAGGAGUUUGAGGAGCGCAAACUGAACAGUUAUGUGGAUCACAAUCUUUAUUUCUUAAGCAGCAGCAGAUCAAAGGAACCUCUGAGUAUCAAUGUUGCAAUGUUUGAGCAGCCUCUCCUGAAAUUAACUUUGGUGAACAUCCUUGAAGCUACUGACAACUUCAGCAAGGCAAACAUAAUUGGAGAUGGAGGUUUUGGAACUGUGUACAAGGCCACUUUACCUAAUGGAAAAACAGUGGCUGUGAAGAAGCUUAGCGAGGCUAAAACGCAGGGUCACCGCGAGUUCAUGGCUGAAAUGGAAACCUUAGGCAAGGUGAAGCAUCAAAAUCUCGUGGCACUGCUUGGAUAUUGCUCAAUAGGUGAGGAGAAACUCCUUGUUUAUGAAUACAUGGUAAAUGGGAGCUUAGAUCUUUGGUUGAGGAAUAAGACUGGGGCCCUUGAAAUCCUUGACUGGAACAAACGUUACAAAAUUGCAACUGGCGCAGCUCGAGGAUUGGCUUUCCUUCAUCAUGGUUUCAUACCCCACAUCAUUCAUAGGGAUGUUAAAGCCAGCAACAUCUUACUGAAUGAAGACUUUGAGCCAAAGGUUGCAGACUUUGGACUGGCAAGACUGAUCAGUGCUUGUGAGACUCAUAUCACCACUGAUAUUGCUGGAACGUUUGGUUACAUUCCACCAGAGUAUGGGCAGAGUGGGAGAUCCACAACAAGAGGAGAUGUCUACAGUUUCGGUGUCAUUUUACUUGAACUUGUGACUGGUAAAGAGCCAACAGGACCAGAUUUUAAGGAGAUCGAAGGUGGUAACUUAGUUGGAUGGGUUAGUCAGAAGAUCAAGAAGGGGCAGGCUGCUGAUGUUCUUGAUCCAACAGUUCUUGAUGCUGACUCAAAGCAGAUGAUGCUUCAAAUGCUGCAAAUUGCUUGUGUGUGCAUAUCUGAUAAUCCUGCAAGCAGGCCUAACAUGCUUCAAGUGCACAAAUUCUUGAAGGGGAUCAGGGGAGAGUAGUUUCAUAGCUUAAGUCAUUAGGAGCUGAUAUGAUAUUUCCAGUAGUAACAAUUAACUGCAAUCUUUUCUAACAGGAGUUUAGUACAUCAGCAAUCUAAUUGCAUUUGUAUGUAGACUAUGCUUUAUCAAUAUAUAUAAAAGUUCUUAUUU